AUGGUGGAACGGUUUAAUCGAACUAUAGAACAUCAGUUGGCAAUUUUUGUAAACGAGAACCGGAAAGAUUGGGAUGAACAUAUACCUCUGUUGCUGAUGGCUUAUCGGACAGCUACCCACGAGUCAACGGGACUCACACCAGCAAAGGUGAUGAUGGGACGAGAAUUAAGAGUCCCUUUGGAUUUGCUGAUAGGGAUUCCUUCUAAGAAGAAUUACGUGAAAACGUUGUCUUACGUGGAAAAGUUGGAAGAAGGUAUGGAUAUUACACAUAGUUUUGCACGGAAACGGUUGAAGAUCACGACAGAUCGGAUGAAAACACGGUACAAUAUUAAUGCGAUGGCGGUAACACUGAGCGUUGGAACCCCUGUAUGGCUGUACAGACCACAGCUAAAGAAAGGACUAUCUCCUAAACUAUCCAAGCCUUGGGUCGGUCCUUAUGUUAUUCUGAAACGAAUUAACGGUUUGGUAUAUGGGAUUGAACUUUCGAGUGGCAGUAAACCAAUGGUGGUGCAUCGUAACCGUCUAAGAGAGUACGUUGGUGAGAAUGUUCCCCAAGUUUUGUCAAGAGAAGAGGGAGUCGAAGUCAGGCAAGAAAAGGAACCGGCGGCGCUGAGAAGAAGUACCAGAGAACGAAGAACACCAGUACGGUUGGAAAUUUAG